UCCAGCGCAGCGGCUCAGACGCGGUCGCAUCUUCGUGGACGGUAGAGGCGGCAGCGAGCUGAGAGUCAGCGUCGCAGCUCGCGGCCACCGAGAGGCCGGGCGAGUCCGAGCGCCGCGACCUGGCCCAGGCUCGGCGGACACCUCAGUGCGCGGCUGGGUCAUGGUAUACUGAAAAGGCACUCAAUCAAGAGAAAUCUGGGGGUAGUUGGAAACCAUCAAGUUAUUGAGGCCACACAGGGGGCAGAAGAGAUAGAGGAAAAAGGGUUUGUCAGAGUUUCUUCCUAAACCUGUCUUAGAAAUAGCAGCAUAUUUUAAUCAGAGAUUUGGAAUCUUGCCAACCCAGGGAUUGAACCCACGUCUCCUGCAUCUCCUGCAUUGGCGGGCGAAUUCUUGACCACUCGCACCACCUGGGAAGCCCUGCUGUUCUAUUGUGAUCUCUUCUCACUUUAUAAGGAUCUAGGAUUCUAAAAAGGAGAUGUUACUAUGAGGACAGAUUCACCCAAAAUGACGGAUGUGGAGCCUGUGGUCAGCAAUUUUGCAUCGUCAGCACGGGCCGGUCGCCGAAAUGCCGUCCCGGACAUCCAGGGUUCAGCGGCUGCAGGCGGGACCUCAGAGGAGUUGCCCGUCAAACUGGAAGCCCUAUCCGUGAAGGAAGAUGUGAAAAAGAAAGAUGAAGAAACAGCACAAGAUCAAUUGGAAAAGCCCAAAGAUGAAGGAAAAUGAGGGCUCAUUACCUGUCAAAAGUGCUGAAUUUCUUCACAGUGAAAGACUUGGUGGCCCUGCUUUCCUGAGAUGUUUGAUCUGGUAGUAACUAUGGUAACAUUGCAGCCCUAAGCAACAUGUAUGUAUUAGAUAAUUUUGUUGUGAUUCUACUCACUUGGAUUACAACCAUGAUGUCCAAUGUAGGUUAUUAAAAGGCAGAUUACUUCCAAACUGCACCCAGGAGAGAGGUUAAGAGUGCAUGAUCAUUUAAAUACAUAUCUUUUGUCUAUAAACCCAGCUAAAUCCAUUGUUCUCUUGGAUUUCUUAAGCCAGAUAUAUUUUAAAUUCCAUUUUUAUAGUUAACAGGUAAACCAUUUCUUGGUAAAUAUAAACCAAACACUAGUAAUUUAAAACUGUAUGGGAUUUGUAAGAAAUUGUGUUUUUUGGUGAGAAAAGUGAUAGAUUAGCCAAAGAAGGAUAGAUAAAAGUAUGUUUUUAUCCAAAUAUGAAGCUUUUCCCCCCAAACCUUAAACAGAUUUGGAAAAAAUAGAAGUUUGACAACUCAAACAUCUCUAGAAAAUUUUUGUCUGAUGUAUUUUGCUUCUAGUCUAUGCAUACUGUGAUUUUUCAUGUGAACUCUUAAAAUGGAAAAUUUGUGAUGAAUAGUUUAUAUGAAAUAUGCCUAUUAAAUGAAUCUCACUAUCCUCCUUAAUUUCAGUGUGCAUAUGUGUGUGUGUAUAUUUUUUUUUAAUGUGAAUUACACAGAACACUUUACUAGUCGCUUUGUACUGUCUUUUCUUAUUUUCAGGGCUUUUGUGUAUAUGAUUUGUUUCUUAAAUAAUUUCCUCAGGAAUGCAGACCUUAAUUUUUAUAUCUUUCCUAAACUAGCUGACAUAAUAGUAAGCACUUAAGUGUUUAGUGAAUGGUACAGGCAGAAAUAGCAAAAUACUUGCUUUUAAUAUAUAUUUAAUUAUAUAUUUUAAAAGGAAUGAAACCAAAACCAAAGCUUUAGUAAAUUUUGAUUUAUUAGAUAUUUUAGGAGACUCAUGGAAUUCUGAAUUUUUAAAGAAAAUCUAACUAAUGGAUUUAUUUUUAUUUUCAGAUCUAUCUGCAUGCAGUAUUUUAUUUGAUUGUUGACUUAGGCCACGUCUGUAUACAGUAAUCAAAUAAACUCUUUCACUAUUAAAGAAACUUA